AUGACAUCUUCAACUAAAUGUAAAUAUUUAAUAAUUGCUGGGCUGAAAGAGAUGAAUGUAAAGUAUGGAAUGGCAGUUGAAGAUCGAAGAAAUGAUAGUAGUAAAGGUCUGUUACAUUCUCGUGAAAAUUCAGUAGAAGACUUCUCAUCAAAUGAAAAAGGUGGUGGUGGAGAUGAUAAAGUAUUGGAUGGCAAUGAUUCUUCUGAUAUUAUAGGUUUUAAAGGUAUUUUUGAUGAUGAUUCAGAUUUUGUUAGAAUUUGGCAGGUAAAGCAAUUUUUAUGUCAUGUGAAAUUAUGA